AUGGUGUUGGUUACCGAAAUGUGACGUUUUGCCUACGUCAUAUAGGCUGUUCUGUACGUCGCAGUACACCACAGUCGACAACCUACACGUAUCUUUUGUGCUAAAUUUUUUGAUGAUGUUCUUGGAGCUGCUGUUUGGAGCCCUAGUGACCGCUGUGAAGGCGUCCGACUACCAACGCGUAUCUGAAGGAGAUUCCUUCGAGCUCACCUGCGUUCUAACCAGGGACCAGGUGACGCAAUGGCAGAAGGACGGAUGGCGCGUCAACGCUUCGCCCAAAUACGUUACGUUCGACAGAAUCAUCAACGCGGCCACAAAGGUGAGCACGCUGCGCGUCGCAUCUGCUGACCUGACCCAUAGCGGCGAUUAUCGCUGCUCCAAUGACUCAAGGCGAUCGCAGAGGUUGCACGUCGUCCCAAGAACUGCCGCAACGAGCCAUACGCCUUGCUAUGUUCUGACCGUGUCCGAGACUCUGGAGAUCCCGUGCCCUCGAACAGGCUUCCCGCUUUGGUAUCACAACGGGCAGCUACUCCUCUCUGGCAAUCCUCGGAUCCAGAUCCGCACCGACCGGCUCGUCAUCCUGUCGGCUCUUGAACGCGAUGCCGGCGAGUACCGUUGUGAAUACGGUGCCGUUCGCGUCGUUGCCCCGAUUCAGAUACAGGACACGCAGCCAGUCCAGGUUGUUCACAAGGGCGAGACGGCAGUCAUCGAUUGCAACGUGUCCAGCCAAGAAACGCCCAUCGUAUCGUGGCAAGUUGGCAACCAAUUUCCCCUCAAGAUAAACGCCUCGGGGACAAAUAACCUUAGAAUCGACAACGUGAGCGAUGUGCAUAGAAACGUGUACACUUGCCGCGCAAUGCACCGUGACUGUCCAGAAUCCGCCGUCGAGGUCUCCACGAUGUUGUUCGUCGAGUCCAUCAUCACAAACGAGGCUGCCCCCGGGGCGGGACUCCGCAUCGAGCCUGACGAUGAACAACUCGUCAUGAGUUGUAACCAGACGGCCAACUUCACCGGCUUCGUGUGGUGGAAGGGUCAUACGCUACUUGAACCCAACAGUAGGGUAAUCAUUACGGACGACAGCACGACGGUUUUGAUCAAUUCACCGAUGGCGAAGGACGCUGACAACUACACUUGUAGCUCCAGGACGUCCAACGAUUCUGCAGUGAUUCAAGUGCGCUACAAGGUUUACUGCGAACUAGACCUGGAUGAGUCCACGGAGCCCUCUUAUUGGAUUGAGGGUAGCCAAGCCAAGCUGGCGGUUGUCACCACUGGCGUACCGCAGCCUUCCAUAGUAUGGUUUAAGGAUAACGUUUCCCUGAACGAAGGAGAACGGGUUCGAUUGGUGGACCAUCAGAACCUGAGCAACGGCAUGAUCCUGGUGCACAGCGUCGUGAAGGCCGACCGGGGCAUUUACACGUGCCAUGCCAGCAACGGCGAGGACGAAGACCGGAUGAACGUCAAGGUCCGCGUGCGGAAUCGCUACGCGGCGGUCUACCCCUUUGCUGGCAUCUGCGUCGAGUUGGCCAUUUUGCUGACUAUCAUCUUUGUCUCGGAGUUCCUCAACCGAAAACGAGAGGAGGAUCCACCAGAGGAGAAGAAGACUCGUCGUAAGGAACGCCACAAGGACCGCGCGGGGCAGUAGAGCUGUGCACAAUACCAGUGGGCUCGAUAAGAUAUAUUUAUUUUUUUGUAUGUCGCCUAUACGGAAACAAAGGCGCCCCUGCGGAGUCCCGGCGCGGUUCAUCUUUAAAUAAAUCUCGAUCCAGUGCUAUAA